AGCCGAGCGCAGCCGAACUGAGCCGAGCCGAGCCGAUCGGCCAGCGGCAUGGAGGAGGCUGUCGGUGGGUGCAAUGCUGAGGCGGCCGAUCGAACGACACUUGUCGGCGGCCAGACAGCGGCCUCCGAGGGCGACAGGAAACGGGAGCAGGAGAAACUCUCCGGGGUGGUGAAGAAUGUCCACAGAAAGCUGCGCAAGAAAUAUCGAGAAGUUGGAGACUUUGACAAGAUUUGGCGUGAACACUGUGAAGAUGAAGAGACUCUAAGUGAAUAUGCCGUUGCAAUGAAGAAUUUGGCAGACAAUCAUUGGGCUAAAAGCUGUGAGGGCGAAGGACGGAUCGAAUGGUGUCGCAGUGUUUGUCAAGAAUAUUUUCUGAAUGGCGGAAUGAAGAGAGUACUUGAAAAAGAUGAGAAAAGAGCUCGUCUUGCUAUUGCCAUGGCUACUCCAACGUUCAGUAUGCAAACGUCUGAAAAGAAUGAUGAUCAUUCUGCCACUAAUGGUGUAGUGACAGGUCUGGAUGCUGCUAUUGCAAAUUUAGUAUGCUUUUCAGGAAAGAUCAGAUUGCUGGAUGUUGGAAGCUGUUUUAAUCCAUUUUUGAAGUUUGAUGAAUUUCUAGCAGUUGGUAUUGAUAUCGUGCCUGCUGUGGAGAGUGUGUAUAAAUGUGAUUUCCUCAAUCUUCAGUUGCAGCAGCCACUCCAGCUUGCUCAAGAUACAAUAGACGCCUUUCUCAAACAGCUAAAAAAUCCCAUUGACUCACUCCCAGGAGAACUGUUCCAUAUUGUGGUGUUUUCUCUUCUGCUGUCUUAUUUUCCUGCCCCUUAUCAACGCUGGAUCUGCUGUAAGAAAGCCCAUGAACUUCUUGCACUCCAUGGUUUACUCCUAAUAAUCACGCCUGAUUCCUCUCACCAAAACCGUCAUGCCUAUAUGAUUAAAAGCUGGAAAAUUGCUAUAGAAUCACUGGGAUUCAAAAGAUAUAAAUAUGUGAAGUUCUCCCAUAUGCACCUCUUGGCUUUUAGGAAAACUUCCCUGCAAACAACAAGUGACCUGGUCAGCAGAAAUUACCCAGAAAUGCUGUUUAUACCACAGGAUUUCAACAAUGUGGAUGAAGAAGAGUGCUCAGAGACUACUUGCCAAGAUCGGUCAGAAAGUGAGGAUGACCAGAUAGCUUACAGUUUUAUGGAGCUCCCUGAUGCUCCGUAUGACUCAGACUCGGGAGAGAGCCAGGCUAGCUCUAUUCCAUUCCAUGAACUGGAAGAUCCAGUUUUGCUUCUAAGCUAACCUAAGACUUAUGAUUAAUUUGCUGCCAGAGCUACUGUGUUGCCAAAAUAAUUCUGCAUUGCAUAACUCUUGUAUUAUAUACAGAACAUGCAGUACAGUUUGCACAUAGAAAAUGAGAAGCGUUUACAAAGUGGGCUACUCUUUCACAUGUUAGAAAAAUGAAGGUAUGUGAGGAGUGUAUAAAUCGAACAAACACUUUGUCAUGAAGGCAACAAGUGUAAAUCACAGAAAGAAGCUUACUUCUUAAAUAGUAUGGUAAUGUAAAUGUCAGAUGCUGCAAUCGAGUCUGUCAUCUUUGUAAACUAAAAGUAAACCUAGCAAUCUUGAUGUCAAGUGGCAAUGUCAUUUACAUUGACAACUACAGCAUAAACAGCAAAAUUAUAAAUAUUUCAAUUGAUUUGAUGGUACCUAAAUCAAAAAGGGGAUAUCUACCAGAGUGAUUAUUGUUCUACCAUUCUAGAGUUCUAACUUUUACUUGAGAGAUCACUUUGUUGUGCUCCUAUUUGGCUCGCAUUACCAAAUUACUUGUAGCCUAGGACAUUAUCUAAACUGCAAAUCAAUUCUGCUGCAUUUGUUGUUUCCCCUUAUUUGUUGCAGUAGUUUAUUGGAAAGAAUGCAAACAAAAAUUUAGGAAGUUAAAGCUUCUGCUGACUGCAUUUAAAUAGGCUAUAAUUCACACUAUUUUUGUGUAUAAUUGUGCAGUUAGUGCCACAAAAUUCAAUGUUAAAUUAUCUUGACAAUAUUUUCUUGUUCAGCUUUUGAACAAACAGGCAUUGGGUCUUGUUGAAAGACAUGUGCUGUCUUGUCCUUGCAACCUUUGGCUGAUGACCUUACUUGAAAAAACAUCUGUGGUGUGCUAGCAAUUUGUAAUUAAAAAAUGAGAAAUAAGAGUUUCUUUGCAAAUAAUUAUAUACCACAAGAAGGUUGCUACUUGUACAUAGUACUAAUUAACAUGUUGUGUCAUUUCCUAGCACCUCAAACAGAAAUGACUAGUAUUACCUAUAUACAUGCAGAUGUUUGCCUGAAAAUAAUUUGCACCAAGAAAGAUUGCAAAGUAUGUCCAUUACUUCCUGAUGGGAAUGUGCAUUCCUUUAUUUAGUAUCAUAUAAAUUAGCAGAUGCAUAAACACCCUUCUACUGAGAGUGAAAUCCAUUGUGCCUUUCUUGAUCCAGUGAAUAUCCUCAUCUGCUUCAGAGUUGGUUGUAUGCCCCUUCUUAAAUGUAAAUGAUAAAUUAGGUUUAUGUUGGUGCAGCCAAUUCAUUUUGAGAAAUUUACACUAAUUUCAUGUCUGACUAUUUUCCUUGUUUUCCAUUUGUACUGUUCAAUUUUGUAUUUUAACCAAAUCCCUUGAAAUUUUUAUAUAACCUAUGACAAUGGUCACUUGUAAAACAUUCCAUUCACUAAUGAUUCUUUGCAUGUAAAACAAAAGCUUGAAAUAUACCCCUUUUCAUUCUCUGGGCAGUAUUCUGAAUCUGCAUCCACUUGGCACUAGUUUUUCCACACUUUUUUAAAACUAAUAUUCUGCCAUUUUCUCCAAUUUCUGGCCAGUACUUGUGCUCAAAAAUCAUCACAAUGUUUCCUGCAGUAGAUAUCAGAAGUCAGCUGCACUGCUUGGUUCCUUUUAAAUAGAUACAUAAAGAGUUUGCAUGAUUGAAUAAAGUGCUGUGAAGGGGAAAUGGACUCAUAGUCAUUUAGUUUGGAAAUCUACUUAUGGCACUAUAAAUUGAAGAACUUUCAGAAGACAGUUGCACUUUGUGGAAGUGAUUAAGGAAAAUGUUUUCCCACAAUUAUUUCCUUGCUUAAUUAAUAUUUUAUUUGGAUUCCUGGGCACUUAGCACUAGCUAACUUGCCCCUUGAUUCUUGUCAUUUGCACUUAAAUAUGCCUCUUUGAAUGCUUUUGAACUACAAAUGUUACAGUAGAAUCAUAGUGCUGUGGUUAAAAUGUGAAUGAGAGCUGAGCCUGGUUGGGCAUGUUCUUACAUAAAAAUGAAACAAGAGUAAAUAUUCCUGAAAGGAUAAGCUCUCUGCAUUGCUAAACAUCUGAUUAAUAUUAUAUAUUUUUAGCAUUGAAAAAGUCAAGAUAAUUUUGCAUCAGUGCUACAUUUGAAGCAUGAAUAUACCCAUUUAUUUAAAAUUUAAUAUAAAAUAGCAAUUUUCAGAAAAUGCUGCCAUCAGAACUUCUGAAUGUUCUAAGAGUAUAAUUAUUAACUGCAGUAGCUUAGUAUUUUCUCUAAGUUAAUUACAAUUAUAUAGUGGAUUUUUGUUUUGAUAUAUUCAUUAAGGAAUCUUAAAAAUUCUGAGCUAUUUUAAUAAAAUAAUUAUCACAAACUUUCAUUUGCCUUUUUUAAUAUAUAUUAGAGUACUGUUUUAUUGUUUGCCUGUUUACUUUAUUAAACAAGGAUCCACAGCACUACUUUCAUCUCUUAACAAAUGAAUUGGCAAAUGAGGGGGGAGGGAAAUACUGUAGUAUAUAAUGAAUGCUCAGAUGAAACAUAUUUCAUUAUCAGUGAUUGAAUUACCAAAUAAUGAUCAUUUUCAAUUCUUAUCUUAAAUCAUUUAUGAUUUUGAAAAAUAACAAAGUUGGCAUUAAUUGAAUAGAAUUAUCUAUCUUAUAUUUUCUGAUAUUCUGAUAAAAGGUUUGGAAACAGACUUUCAAUGUAGUACUGAUUCAAAUGGAUUUGGUUAUUCAUUUGGAGUUUUGGUAAUUGCAGGUAAAGCUAUUAAUCUAUUUGAUUCUACAAAAGUAAUAUUAAUCUUAAAUGUGCACAUUUAAAAGAUUCUCAAACAAAUUUAAAUAUAAAGGCCAGUUAAAGACAUUUUUUACUGUAAACAACACACACAAAAUGCUGGUGGAACACAGCAGGCCAGGCAGCAUCUAUGAGAAGCACUGUCAACAUUUCGAGCCGAGAACCUUCGUCAGGACUAACUGAAAGGAGAGAUAC